GUGGUAGUUCAGUUUAGUGAAAACUGCAGUUUGAAGACCAGCAGCAGGAACCUCAGUCUUUCAGUGUUAAGAGUUUAUAUCUUCAGCGUUGACUUAUCCAGCAUCAUGGUGAUCCUAAAACUCACAUUACUCACCUUGCUUAUUGCUACUCUUGGCCUGCAUGCUUCUGAAGCAAUAACUGUAACCUGUGAAGGCAAUAGUGCUGUGCUGAACUGUGGUUUGUACCGUAUAACAAUCAUAAGUGCUUUCUAUGGCCGAACCGAUACCACCACUUGUACUGAAAACCAGCCUUGGACUUCUAUCAGAAACACAAAUUGCUUUACGCCUAAUGCACAAUACAUAGUUAAAUCCAGAUGUGAUGGAUUGCACAACUGUCAUGUGCCAGCUACCAAUUAUCUGUUCUCUGACCCCUGCUAUGGGACUUACAAGUACAUGACAAUUGCGUACACCUGUCGCUAA